GCUCUAUCAUGAGGGAAAUCCGGUCCACGCCAAAGAAGGAUGGAGGGCUUACAAGAACGGUCAAAAAUAUAUUAUGCUGCCUUAGACUGCGAUCAGCUAUUUGACAAAUGCUUCAAACAAAUCGCUGAACCGAGGACAAGCAGCCUGCUUGGCGAAUUCGGUAUCGCUAUCAGCCGGCUCACAAGAGAUCAUCAAGCCCGAUUUCAGGCGUGGUCGUCAUAUCUGGGGGUAUUCGCUGAGCAGGAUGUUUGCCUCGAUCGCCGCUUGUCUAGGAGUAAAGAUGUCCAAGUCAUGGUAAUGGAUCUCCUUCGUAUCAUCGCUGUUAAUCUGCGACAUGUCUUAUCCAUGGUCCAAAUAAGCGAAGUAUCAGGCCAUACUAACAAUCUCGCGACCGACCUUGGACAAGCACAAGAAUCUGUCGAGGGGGCUAUUGAUCGGCUGCACCGACUUGGCGUGACCAUCCGACAGUCUUCGACCGCUAGCUUGAUAUCCAGGGUGAAAGCUUUCUCCGCAAAGAUGUCAGAUGCGUCUCUAGAAGAAAUGGCAUUCUUAAUAGUCAAAUUCCUCUAUCCAGCGGCACCCUUGAGCCUUCAACGCCUUCUCGGCCGCUCCAUUCUUGAGCGCUAUUUCAAUCUCAAGUAUCGUGAAGAACAUCAACGGCGCUUAGCAACCCGUCGCUCAAUCAUCUUAGAUAAUGAAGAAGAAGACCAAUCACGCAUCCAUGACGGAGGACCGGAACUGCCAAGGCCCAUCAAUCGAAAGGACAACAUCUACGAUAGGGACAUGAAAAUCGACGACUCUACAGGUCAAGUGGUAGAUUCAGACACAAAGCUUUCACAGUCGGGAACGAAGCCGUCAACGCUCCAGGCAGAUGAGUUCCAGCGGAAGAGGGAAGCUGAAAAUCGGCGUGCAGCUUUGUCAGCUAUUUCUAGAACGUCUUCGGUGCCCAUUGGUGAUAUCAGCUACCCUAAGCCACCGAAGCCUUCGGGAGACGGAGAAUGUAGUCGAGCUAUCUGCCCCUGGUGCUCUGAGUCUCAUCCAUAUGGUAACUUUCAGAAUGAGAGGUGGUGGAGACGCCAUGUCGACCACGAUUUUCGGCCAUAUAUAUGCCUAUUCGAUGCGUGUUCAACAUCACUCAACGCAUUUGAUAGAUUCGGCCACUGGCUAAAUCACAUGGAAGAGCGUCAUUCAACGACUUGGAUCUCAACGAUCGAUUCUAAAACCUUGUGGCGAUGCGACAUUGAGCAUAAGUCACCAGAACUGUUUAGCGACGAGGCUGCUUUGAAGGACCACAUGCGAGAGCACCAUCUUGAAUCAUUCACAGAAUCCCAGAUAGUGGGUAUAGCUCGCCGAAGUUCAAUUCGUAUCCCCGGAUCCAAGGAUGUCUGUCCUCUUUGUGGCUUUGAUGCGAAUAAAGCCCCUCCUGUCGCAUGUCAAUCAAAUAAUUCACAGCACCCUUCGCAGAACAAACGAAAAAGAGUGUCAAAACACACUAUACGAGCAAAUAUGAAUGCCGACGUUAAAGGGAAGCGUAGGAAGGUUCACUUUCAUAAUCAGGCAGAGAGCAGUAGUCAUGAAUUAUUCAGUUCAUCUGAAUCAGAUUUGGAUCUGACAGGUGGUCCAGACAUCGAGCCGAUUUCGCCCCAAAUCAAGGCUCGAUUGCAACGAAAACAAUUAUCGCGACACAUAGCAACGCAUCUAAAGGCUCUAUCGUUUAUGUCACUCCGUUUUAAAGCUUUCCAAGAGCAAGUCGAGGAAGGAGACUCAAGUUCUACUACAGGGGAUGACCAGGAGGACACAAACGAAGGUGGCGAACCAAGUGGGCUCGAUACAGAACUCGACGCGUUGUCUCUCAGUUUCAGUGACAACCCAGGCUCCCCAGUAUAUCUUACAGAUGACUUGAUUAAAGAUUUCAACGAACAUCAACAAUUCCUAGAAACUCUUCAUUCACUAACGAUGUAUGAAGAAGAAGAAAAAGAAGAAGAAGAAAAAGACCAAUCACACGUUCAUUAUAAAGGGUCGAAGCUGUCAAUGCCCAUUCCUCGAAAGGACUUCGUCGACGAUACGGAUUUGAAUUCCGAGAAUUUUGAGCCAUUAGCUCUCCAGGAGGAUGUAUUUCAGACAUCUUCUACAUUUUUUGGCAGUUCUGAAGCUCCUUUCCCGGAGCUUGAUUUCGUUGGUCUUGACACAUUAGAAUUAGACGAUGACUCCCAUAAUCCGAAGGACACCAACACUAUAUGCUUGCCAUAUAUGUGGUCCGUCACAAGGGAAGAUAUUCUAGAUCACCAGAAAUCUGCAAUGUCUGGUCCAGCAAGUCAAACAAGCAGCACAUGUGGAGUAUUUGAUAUUCUCGAAGCACCCAUGUAGCCUCCAAGUUACGUCCUGUGCCAGAGUCUGCGGUACCACCAAUCCUUGAGCCUCGCCCGCUUCAGAUUAGACAUUCCCUUCCAUCUGAGUCAGUUGACUCUUUACAGCAGUCUUGGAACAUACAGGAUUUUCAUGAAAUAGAUCCAGGAUUGGAAUUUCCUUCAUCGAAGACAGGAUAAACCUACUAGCUUGAGACCAAUAUAACAUUUUACCACAUCUGUUGGCCUUAAUAUCAAUUAUUAAUGGGCAGUAAAGAGCAAUUAUGUUUUUGAUAGCGAUUUUUCAAUAAUAAGAGAAUGAGC